GGUGCUGCCACGUGUCUGGCUGGGCAGCUGCCCUCGACAGGUGGAGCACGUGACGGUGAAGAUGAAGCACGAGCUGGGCGUCACUGCGGUGAUGAACUUCCAGACGGAGUGGGACGUGGUGAACAACUCCGGCGGAUGCAGGCGCAACCCCGAGGAGGCCAUGACCCCGGAGACCAUGGUGCAUUUGUACAAAGACUGUGGCAUUGUGUACGUGUGGAUCCCCACACCUGACAUGAGCACAGAGGGUCGGAUCAGGAUGCUUCCUCAGGCCGUCUUCCUGCUCCACGGUCUCCUGGAAAAUGGCCACACCGUCUACGUCCACUGUAACGCAGGAGUGGGCCGGUCCACGGCGGCGGUGUGCGGUCUGCUCAUGUACGUCCUGGGCUGGAGCCUCAGGAAGGCGCAGUACUUCCUGGCAGCCAGGAGGCCGGCGGUCUACAUAGACGAGGAAGCUUUAGUCCGAGCUCAGGGAGACUUCAGCGAGAAGUUUGGCCGGCUGAGAUCGUCCAUUUAUUACACGGAGACGUGAGAGUGGAGCUCGCAGCGCUGUCAGAAGGUGGAAAUAAUUUCCAAAGAUAUAAACUGUUAGAACGUAAUGUAUGUAAACGAGCCACUUCAACAGAGUGGCUUUCAAAACGGGGCUGAUUCCAGAGUGUCUGAGCUCUGCCGGCUGCCWGAAUGGAUGUGGUGAGUGAUUAAUCUUGCUGUGAUGUGUUCACUUUCAACUCCUAAAAUUUACCCCACAGGACUGCAAAUUAUGGACACCGUUAGUGRUUUUCAGCGUGUGCCCACUGGGGUGUUUGCAGAGACCUUUACUUUGGGCCUUUUUUUUUUUCUUUUCUUGCAAUCGAUAAAGCGUGUCGACAUUUUGAAGCUUUUAGCCGCUGUGUUAAAGUGCAGUGAAUAAAAUCAACAUGCAGAAAAACAGAAAAAAAAAAAGCUGGUUGGGUGGGAUUUUAGGUGUAAAAGAAACAAAACCGAUAUUUUGGACAAAGUCUCGUCUAGAAGGCCGUACUCCCCACAGUUCCUCUAUGAUUAUGUAUUAUUUUAGAUAAUCUCUUUUUAAAAAGGGAUCCCUGAUUAGUUGUAACAUCAGACUUUAUUUGAUGAACA